ACCACACGCAUUUACUCUCUCGUUGCGUAAGGAAACCGCCUACAUCUUAAGUUAACCCGCCUCUAGGGUUAGGAAAAUAUUACCACACACACAGUUACUCUUUCAUCGCAUAAGGAAACCGCCUCCUACCUCGCCGUUUUCUUCGUCUUCGCCGGACUCACCAUUUUGUCUAACCGGAGUCUUCUCUCCUGCUCUUCGUCGCACUCACCAUUUUACUAUUCGAUUGUGUCUUGCGCUGGAGUCUCCUUCUCUUAGUCGGAACGCAAGCGCCCGAGUCUUCUCUCGUCGUCGUCGGCGUCCGAAAGCAACCUCUUCGUCUGACUCAACAGUACUCAAGAACAGAAAAUCUGCUCAAGAACUACAUCCAUACAUAAAACCUUUCGCAAAGUGUUAUUGCUUACAAAAGAAAAAUGAAAAUGAAGAUGGAUGCUGGAUCAUUUUACAUACCCAAGCACCUGACUCCUCCAGGGCAGGAUGAUCAUUUCAUUUGUUCAGAGCAGAAUACCAUAGGAGUUGCAGAUGGAGUUGGUGGUUGGAGCAAGAAGGGUGUGGAUGCAGGCGAUUAUGCGCGACAAUUAAUGGAUAAUACUAUGACAGCAAUUUAUGAUCAAACCGAAGGACCUAUUGAUCCAAAGGGUGUCUUGAAUGAAGCUUUCUUAAAAACUAACCUCAAAGGAUCCUCCACUGCGUGCAUUAUCACCCUCACAGGCAAUAAAUUGCAUGCUGCUAACAUUGGAGAUAGUGGAUUUUUGCUGCUAAGAGAGGGUGAAGUUGUAUACCAAUCACCAGUGCAGCAACGUAGAUUUAACUGCCCAUAUCAGCUUGGAAAGAGCAGUGAUUCCCCCAGCUCAGCGCAGGAGCUCACUUAUUCAGUAAAACUUGAAGAUGUCAUUGUUGCUGGAAGCGAUGGGUUGUUUGACAAUAUGCAUACAAGUGAAAUUGAAGAAUUGGUGAAACAUGGUGUGGAAGAAAAGUACACCCCACAACAAUUAGCUUGGUCUCUAGCAUGGUUUGCUCACAGUUGUUCUUUAGACAAAUUAAGUUCUAGUCCAUUCGAAAUAGCUGCUGAAGAGGCAGGAAUGGAACACAUGGGAGUGCGCAGAGAAGUAUUGGAGUGAGAGCUCUAAUUGUGCUGCUUAUCAUAGGUGCAUUGCAAAGCUCUCAUGUAACCCUGAAGAUGCUAAAUGAUUCUUCUAUCCUAGUCCACUUUGAAGUUCUGUGCAAACUUCCAUUGCGAAUCAAAGGAAAAGAUGUUUCGUGGUCAAUGCGCUGCAUGCAAGAGCCUCCACCAAGAAUGCACAUCCGAGUGUGUGUUUGCACCACACUUUCCUGCAGACCACCCAGAGAAAUUCACAAACAUCACUGACUUGUUCGAUGUAAGCUUGAUUGAGAAAUCCCUCAGAGAACUCCAUCCCUCACAGCGUGUGGCCUUUAUAAAUGCCCGUGUAUUUGAAGCUAAUGCUUGGCUGGAGGAUCCGUUUUUGGGCCCUACGAAGCUCGUUAACAAUCUGGAACAGCAGGCGAAGGCAACUCCAACUCCAACUCAUUAGCAAUCUCAAAGAACAGGAGAAGGUGCUCCAGUUGGAGUUCUUGAGUCUCAAGGAGGAGAUGGCGCAGAUCCAGCCAGGCCCACCGCAACAGGGCCACUAUUAUCAUCAAGGAGAUGCUUGACAGCAGAGGAAGCUCGGCCGCAACAGCAUCAGUAAGUGCACCGCAGCAGCAAUAGAGUAACAUGAUGAUGAAUUGAGUAAAUAUUGUUUUGUUGGCCACGUUUUGAGGGUGUGGUUAAGAUCCCAAAAAUGUUCCUUUCAGUGAUAUAAUUGAUAGUUUGAUACCCAUAAUUUUAGCUUCCCAUCUAUUUGUGGCCAUUUGUCUUUGAAUUAGCUGUGCUUAAACUAUAUAUUCUGCAGAACCCAAUGGUCUUAGAGAGUUCUUAAUUUUGUGCCUUGUUUCCUGUUGCUCCAAUGACUUUUUCAAAUUUCUGUUGCAGCAACGGUCGAUUAGUUAGCAUGGGUUGGGCUUUUGUUUGGUUUCCUUUUGGGUAGUUCAGUUUUGGGCUUCUUUCUUGUGGGCUAAGCCCUUUUUCUGUAUAUUCUUUUUUUAUCUGUUAUAAUAUUUUCAUUUAAAAUAAAAAUAG